UAGCUGCACGCCUUGCAAGAUGAAGCCAAACAGCAGCGGCGGCAGCGGCCAGGUCGUCGUCCGAAGAACCGCGUCCGCGACCGGCCUGCUCUUCGUCCUGCUGCUCGUCGCCUUCACCGCGACCAACUACUCCUCGCUCAGCACCAACCGGCUCAUCGACGCCGCGUCGUCGCGUGUGAAGACGGCGGCGUGCGACGUCUCGAGUGGGGAGUGGGUGCCCGACCCGGCCGCGCCCUACUACACCAACGCGACGUGCCCGUUCAUCGACAGCCGCCAGGACUGCAUGAAGUACGGCAAGCCGGAGCUCGGCUCCAUCCUCCGGUGGCGGUGGCAGCCCCACGGCUGCGACCUCCCGCGCUUCGACCCGGCCGCUUUCCUCCGCCUCGUGCGCCACAAGUCCAUGGCCUUCGUCGGCGACUCCGUCGCGCGCAACCACAUGCAGUCGCUCAUGUGCCUCCUCUCCACGGUGGAACACCCGCAGGAGAUCGAGCCCAAGGACUGCAUGCACUGCACGCGCAGCUACCACUACCGGGAGCACAACUUCACGGUGACCGUGUUCUGGACGCCGUUCCUGGUGCGGUGGAACUGA